GCGGCCAUCUUGAUCGCUGAGGAGAGCGCUUUUGAGGAGGCGGCGGCGGCACCGGCAGCGGCGGAGGAGGCGUCCUGGGUCGCUAAGGCCGGACCGGGUUCGCGCCCGCCCCCCACGCCGGGCCAAGGAGGAAGGUCGGGGCGCAGCGGGCAAAAGGGCCUCCGCGGUGCUUUCCGUCCCGUUUCCGUGCUCCGGGCCGAAGGGAGACGCGUAGCACCUUAUUGCCAGCACCAUGUUGCGACUCCCUGCUGUCCACAAGGCCUUAGCUGGUGUCACUCAUACUAAAGGAUGUGUGCGUGCAACAGCUACAGCAGCCAGCAACCUGAUAGAGGUUUUUGUUGAUGGGAAUUCUGUAUUGGUACCUCCAGGAACCACAGUACUUCAGGCCUGUGAAAAAGUUGGAAUGCAGAUCCCUCGAUUUUGCUAUCAUGACAGAUUGUCAGUGGCUGGAAAUUGUAGGAUGUGUCUCGUGGAGAUAGAGAAAGCUCCCAAGCCAGUAGCUGCUUGUGCAAUGCCAGUAAUGAAGGGAUGGAACAUUCUGACAAAUUCUGAGAAGUCUAGGAAAGCAAGAGAAGGCGUAAUGGAGUUCUUGUUGGCAAACCAUCCACUGGACUGCCCCAUCUGUGAUCAGGGAGGGGAAUGUGACCUUCAGGACCAGUCUAUGAUGUUUGGCAGUGAUAGGAGCAGAUUCCUAGAAGGCAAACGUGCAGUGGAAGACAAGAACAUCGGCCCACUAGUGAAAACUAUCAUGACCCGGUGCAUACAAUGUACUCGAUGCAUUAGGUUUGCAAGUGAGAUUGCAGGAGUUGAUGAUCUAGGAACCACGGGAAGAGGAAAUGAGAUGCAAGUUGGCACUUACAUUGAGAAAAUGUUCAUGUCAGAGUUAUCCGGCAAUGUGAUUGAUAUCUGCCCAGUAGGUGCCCUUACCUCCAAGCCGUAUGCUUUUACAUCUCGACCCUGGGAGACAAGGAAGACAGAAUCCAUUGAUGUUCUUGAUGCAGUAGGGAGUAACAUUGUGGUUAGCACUCGAACAGGAGAAGUGAUGAGGAUUUUGCCAAGACUACAUGAAGAUAUCAAUGAGGAAUGGAUAUCCGAUAAAACAAGAUUUGCUUAUGAUGGUUUGAAACGUCAGCGUCUUGUUGAGCCAAUGAUAAAGAAUGAAGAAGGGCGGUUCACUUAUGUGUCUUGGGAAGACGCCUUGAGCCGUGUGGCAGGAGUGCUUCAGGGGAGCCAAGGUAAUGAUAUAGCUGCAAUUGCAGGGGGACUUGUGGAUGCGGAAGCACUUGUAUCUCUUAAAGACUUGCUGAAUAGAGUAAACUCUGACAACUUGUGUACUGAAGAGGUCUUCCCUACUGCAGGAGCUGGAACAGACCUGCGAUCUAAUUACUUGCUUAAUACCAAGAUUGCAGGAGUGGAAGAGGCAGAUGUCUUGCUCCUGGUUGGUACCAAUCCACGCUUUGAGGCACCUCUCUUCAACGCCAGAAUCCGAAAGAGCUGGCUACACAAUGAACUUAAAGUGGCUCUUGUGGGCAGCCAAGUUGACUUGACUUACACAUAUGAUCACCUGGGAGAUUCCCCACAGAUACUCCUGGACAUUGCUUCAGAAAAACACCCAUUCAGCAAGGUUCUGAACCAGGCUAAGAAGCCAAUGGUCGUGGUUGGCAGUGCAGCACUUCAGCGUGGUGAUGGGGCAGCCAUUCAUUCAGCCAUUUCCACCAUUGCACAAAAUGCAAGUACAAAAAGUGGAGCUGAUCCCAACUGGAAAGUCAUGAACAUUCUUCAUAGGGUUGCAAGCCAAGUAGCUGCCCUUGACCUAGGCUACAAGCCAGGAGUGGAUGCGAUCCGGAAGAACCCUCCUAAAGUGUUGUACCUUUUAGGGGCUGAUGCAGGCUGUGUUACUCGGCAAGAUUUGCCUCAGAAUUGCUUUGUAAUUUAUCAGGGGCACCAUGGUGACGUAGGCGCUCCUAUGGCUGAUGUUAUUCUUCCAGGAGCAGCUUAUACAGAAAAGGCUGCAACAUACGUGAACACUGAAGGUAGAGCUCAACAAACCAGAGUAGCCGUAACACCACCUGGCAUGGCAAGAGAAGACUGGAGAAUAAUUAGAGCAAUCUCUGAGAUAGCUGGCAUGACCCUCCCAUAUGACACACUUGAUCAAGUGAGGAGCAGAUUAGAAGAAGUAUCUCCUAAUUUAGUCAGAUAUGAUGAUGUGGAGGAAGCAAACUACUUUAGCCAAGCAAAUGAGCUGUCAAAGGCAGUUAAUCAGAAACUUCUUGGUGAUCCUCUUGUUCCACCCCAGCUCACAGCUAAAGACUUCUAUAUGACAGAUCCCAUUAGUAGAGCAUCACAGACAAUGGCUAAAUGUGUUAAAGCCGUUACCGAAGGGGCGAAGGCUGUUGAAGAACCCUCCAUCUGCUAAGGAAAUCCUAGAGUUACCAGUGUCGGAUCAGGCAUUCUUAUGACUUUUUCCCAAAAAUAAUAAUUUUGUGGUGGUCUAUUUAGGUUUCCACUUUCUUCAUGAAUGCCGGUGAGAGUUUAUUUAAAGCCAGCUGUCCAGUGUUCAUUUGCUAAUUAUGUUCAGCACAACUUAAAUGUAUUUAGACAUACAUAUUAUGUAUACUGAUUGUGUACAAACAUGAUGUAAAAUUAAAGCAGUUUUACAUAUGUAAUACUGUUUCUCUGCACUGUGUUUCUCCAGUAAGUUAAAUAUAGACUUCGCUCAAAGUACAGAAGGCAAACUUUGGACAGAGGUAAAAUCUAACACUUGCAAUGUGAAACAAUGUAGCAAGCAUCUUGUUACUUUUUUGCAGAAAUAUUUAGUUAAUGUGACAUUGGAGGGUUUGUACGGUACAACUAAGUCACAAACAGGUUAAAUAUUCCUUUAGAAGUACUCCCCCCCCCUUCCAGUCCUAUUUCAGUUCAAAGGAAAUUUAGACUUUACUGUUUGGGUACGUCUUAAAACUUUGAAAAUAAGGAAAAGGUAUACAGUAUAGGAGUUUUGUUUUACAAUGGCUCAGAGCUGUAUUAUUUAAAAAGUCCAGCAGAACAAGAGAUGGCUUUUGACAGUCCAGCACAAUCUUAAUUCUAUCCUAAUAUACUUCAACUAACAUGGUAGCCUUUACCUAGUAGUUCAGACUUGUUCCAUCUAAGCAAAAAUAAGACUUACACAUUAAAUAGCUUACUCAUAAGACACAAUGGGAAUGUGGCAGCUCUAAUAUCUGCUGUGGGUACUGCAGAAACUUAUUUAAAAUGCAAAAAGCCACUUAUUUUAAAUGGUCAGAUUUAGCCAACUUCAGCUUGCACAGGCAUCUGUAGACUCAUCUAUGUAAUGCUGCUCUCUGGUUUAGCAUUACAUGUGGGCCAGACCAUAGCCUGUCUGAUUUUUGAAUUACUGUUUUGAAUAAGAGAGGCUGGGGUCCAUAAGUGUCCUGCGCAUAGCUGUCAAGUUCUCCCCUUUUUUAAAGGGAAAUUCCCUUAUGUUGAAUAGGUUUCCUCGUGAGAAAAAGCAAAACUUGACAGCUAAUUUUAACACAUGUUCUUGGGAACAUUUUUUUUUGGGGGGGGGUUAGGUGGGAAAUAGUGAUGCAUAAAUCAAUGUCUAGAAUUCCAGUUGUAGUUGUUACUAGAAGUUCUCACUACCCUACCAGCUGGUAGUGGUUCUUAUCUGCACCAAAACAUACACUUAAUUUUAGCACUAUUUGUUGAUCAACCGUCCAGCAUAACAACUGACAUGCCAAAGAACUGUGGUUUAAAGUAGCUUUCUUAUAAAAGUUGCUGUUCUGGUGACUACUUUUUCAAAAAUCCCUAGAAACAACUAGAGGAAGAAACAGCAAGCUCUUAAAUAAUUUGUUUGAAUGCUAAAUAUUAACAUCAUAAUAUUAUGAAAUUAUGUACUACUCGCUGACAAUCUGAAUGUUAUUUAGGAUUAAACGUGCCAGCCCACAGGUUUAAUUAUUUCUUGGACUGGUCCUAAUGUGUCAGUUUAAUUUUUGCAGUUACUAGUACAAGCCCAAUAAACUGCCGAAAUAUAUUACAUAUGAGUAUGGAUAAAUGCCAGCGUAAAAUUUUCCUCCCUGCUGCUUUUGCCCCAUUUUCUCUCACCCAAUGCCAGCACUAUUGCUUGUGGCCACAUGGCAGAAGUACUGUAUUGGAAGGACCCACCCCCCAUAUAUUUUUUUAAAAAUCGUGCUUACAGACCUAUUAAAGCAUGUCUGUCUGUUCCUUUUGUGGGGAAUGUAUGUUGCUUUGUAGGAAUGUAAACCGGAGGGAAUAUGAGGAAAAGGAGAAAUUUCUGUUGCACCAUAAUUUAGGUGUCCAACAUUUUGAUUAGUUAGAUUGCAAAUAUUACAAGUG